CUCUCCGCCCCAGCUGAGCCUCUCGCCGCCCUCCGAAGGAGCAGGAUGACAAGAUGGCACAGCUGCUUGUACCGCCCGGACCAGACAGCUUCCGCCCCUUCGUCCCCGAGUCGCUGUCUGCCAUCGAGAGGCGCAUCGCCGAGGAGAAGGCCCGGAGACCGCGGUCGGCGCGCCGCAGCGACGACGACGACGAAAAUGGACCCAAGGCCAACAGUGACCUGGAGGCGGGGAAAUCCCUCCCCUUCAUCUACGGGGACGUCCCUCCCUCCCUGGUGUCAACUCCUCUGGAGGACCUUGACCCCUACUACAGCAAUCAGAAGACCUUCAUAGUAUUGAAUCGCGGGAAGGCAAUCUUCCGUUUCAAUGCCACUUCUGCCUUGUACAUCCUAAACCCCUUCAACCCUCUAAGAAGAUUAGCUAUUAAAGUUUUAGUGCACUCGAUGUUCAGCAUGUUGAUCAUGUUCACCAUCCUGACCAACUGUGCUUUUAUGACCCUGAGUAAUCCCCCGGAAUGGGCCAAGAAUGUAGAGUACACCUUCACAGGGAUUUACACCUUCGAGUCUCUCAUCAAGAUCCUGGCCCGGGGCUUCUGUGUGGGGAAGUUCACCUUCCUGCGGGACCCGUGGAACUGGCUGGAUUUCUGGGUCAUCCUCAUGGCAUAUGUCACAGAGUUUGUGGACCUGGGCAAUGUCUCAGCACUGCGAACCUUCAGGGUUCUGCGAGCUCUGAAAACAAUAUCGGUCAUCCCAGGCUUGAAGACCAUCGUGGGCGCCCUGAUCCAGUCGGUGAAGAAGCUGUCGGACGUAAUGAUCCUCACUGUCUUCUGCCUCAGCGUCUUCGCCCUGAUCGGCUUGCAGCUCUUCAUGGGCAACCUGAGGCAGAAGUGCAUGCGCAUCGUGAACCACGACAACAGCAGUGACGUCAACGCCACCGCCGCCAACGACACCAGCCUGCUGGGCCUCAACGCCACCUUCAACUGGACCGAGUACAUCAGCGAUGAGAGUAAUUAUUAUUACCUCCCUGGCCGCAGGGACGCUCUGCUCUGUGGAAAUGGCAGCGGCGCGGGGCUCUGUCCGGAGGGCUUUGUGUGCAUCAAAGGGGGUCGUAAUCCGGACUAUGACUACACGAGCUUUGACACCUUCAGUUGGGCUUUCUUGUCCCUYUUCCGACUCAUGACUCAGGACUUCUGGGAGAACCUCUACCAGCAGACGUUGCGUGCGGCGGGGAAGCCCUACAUGGUCUUCUUUGUGCUGGUGAUAUUCCUGGGCUCCUUUUACCUGAUCAACCUGAUCCUGGCUGUGGUGGCCAUGGCGUACGACGAGCAGAACCAGGCCACCAUAGAGGAGGCUCAGCAGAAGGAGGAGGAGUUCCAGGCCAUGCUGGAGCAGCUGAAGAGGCAGCAGGAGGAAGCUCAGGCUGCAGCGGCAGCAGCGGCGGCGGCGGUAGCAACGGAGGACGGGGAGUACAGCGGGAGAGGGGGCCUCACCUCUGAGUCCUCCUCGGGGACGUCCAAGCUGAGCUCGAAGAGCGCCAAGGAGCGACGAAACCGGAGGAAGAAGAGGAAGCAGCGCGAGGAGGAGGAGGAGAGGGGCGUGCGCGACAAGUUUCGCAAGUCUGAGUCCGAGGACAGCAUCAAGAGGUCCAGCUUCCGCUUCUCCAUCGACGCCAACCGGCUGUCCUACGAGAAAAGAUGCUCCUCCCCCAACCAGUCUCUCCUCAGCGUUCGCGGGACCCUCUUCUCGCCUCGGAGGAACAGCCGAGCCAGCCUCUUCAGCUUCCGUGGCCGUGCGCGCGACAUGGGCUCGGAGAACGACUUCGCCGACGACGAGCACAGCACCUUCGAGGAGAGCGACAGCCGCCGCGGCUCCCUGUUCCUGCCGCGGCGCCUUGAGCGCCGCUGCAGCGCCGUCAGCCAGACCAGCCUCGGGGUGCCUCGGAUCGUGCUGCCCGCCAACGGCAAGAUGCACUGCUCCGUGGACUGCAACGGCGUGGUGUCGCUGGUCGGUGGGACGUCUGUAACAACCUCUCCUGUAGGUCUCCUGCUGCCGGAGAGCUUGAAGAGUCCAGACAGAAGUGUCCGCCCUGCUGGUAUAGGUUCGCCAACACCUGUUUGAUCUGGGACUGUUGUCCAGCCUGGCUGAAAAUCAAAGACGUGGUCAGCACGGUGGUCAUGGACCCAUUCGUGGACCUGACCAUCACCAUCUGCAUCGUCCUCAACACCCUGUUCAUGGCCAUGGAGCACUACCCCAUGACCAGCCAGUUUGACAACGUCCUCUCUGUUGGAAACCUGGUGUUCACUGGUAUAUUCACAGCAGAGAUGUGCUUCAAGAUCAUAGCCCUGGAUCCAUACUACUACUUUCAGGAGGGCUGGAACAUCUUUGAUGGCAUCAUUGUUAGUCUGAGUCUGAUGGAGCUUGGCUUGGCCAACGUAGAAGGCCUGUCUGUGCUCAGGUCCUUCAGAUUGCUGAGGGUCUUCAAACUGGCCAAGUCAUGGCCCACACUCAACAUGCUGAUCAAGAUCAUCGGGAACUCGGUCGGUGCCCUGGGCAACCUGACCUUGGUGCUGGCCAUCAUUGUGUUCAUCUUYGCCGUGGUGGGCAUGCAGCUGUUCGGCAAGAGCUACAAGGAGUGUGUGUGCAAAAUUUCGGACGACUGCGAGCUGCCGCGCUGGCACAUGCACGACUUCUUCCACUCAUUCCUCAUCGUGUUCCGGGUGCUGUGCGGAGAGUGGAUUGAGACCAUGUGGGACUGUAUGGAGGUGGCGGGGCAGUCCAUGUGCAUCAUCGUCUUCAUGAUGGUCAUGGUCAUCGGAAACCUUGUGGUUCUGAACCUGUUCCUGGCUCUCCUCCUGAGCUCCUUCAGCGCCGACAAUCUGGCUGCGACCGACGACGACAGCGAGAUGAACAACCUGCAGAUCGCUGUGGGCCGCAUCCAGCGGGGCAUCUCGUACGUCAAGUCCAAAGUGCGGCAGUUGGUCCGAAGCCUCUGCUUUGGCGGCGGUAAGGGCUCCGGCCUGGCCGAGGAGAGCAAACCACUGGAUGAGCUACACAGCAACGGGAAGGGCAACUGCAUCUCCAACCACACACCGCUGGAGAUCACCAAAGACCUCGGUGGUGUGUACACCAUGGAGGGCAAUGGGAGGCCAGGAGGAGGGCUGGUGGUCGGGGUGGGUGGGGACACUGCGGGCCAGUACCCAAUGGAGGAGUGCGACUACAUGUCAUUUAUUCACAACCCCAGCCUGACGGUGACAGUGCCCAUUGCCGUGGGCGAGUCGGACUUCGAAAACCUGAACACGGAGGAUUUCAGCAGCGACUCCUCUGACCUGGAGGGCAGCAAAGAGAAGCUCGAUGUUGACCCACAGCCUCUGAGCUCAUCGGAGGGGAGCACAGUCGAUAUUCGACCCCCGGCAGAUGGUGUUGAGUCAGUGGAGCUGGAGCCAGAGGAGUCACUGGAUCCAGAGGCCUGCUUUACAGAAGGCUGCGUCCGAAGGUUCCAGUGCUGUCAGGUCAGCGAGGACGUGGGCUGGUUCAAAAGCUGGUGGACCCUCCGAAAAACCUGCUUCAUCAUCGUGGAGCACAACUGGUUUGAGUCCUUCAUCAUAUUCAUGAUCCUACUCAGCAGUGGAGCACUGGCAUUUGAGGAUAUUUACAUCGAGCAGCGGCGUACCAUUAAAACCGUGCUGGAGUACGCAGACAAGGUGUUCACUUACAUCUUCAUUCUGGAAAUGCUGCUGAAGUGGGUGGCGUACGGCUUCGUCAAGUACUUUACCAACGCUUGGUGCUGGCUUGACUUCCUUAUAGUAGAUGUGUCCUUGGUGAGCCUUGUAGCCAACGCUCUGGGCUACUCUGAGCUCAGCGCAAUCAAAACUUUGAGGACACUGCGAGCCCUCCGGCCCCUGAGGGCCCUGUCUCGGUUUGAGGGCAUGAGGGUYGUAGUGAACGCGCUGCUGGGGGCCAUCCCCUCCAUCAUGAACGUGCUUCUGGUUUGCCUCAUCUUCUGGCUCAUCUUCAGCAUCAUGGGCGUCAACCUGUUCGCAGGGAAGUACUACCACUGCGUCAACACCACCACUGACGAGCUCCUGCCUAUCAGCAUUGUCAACAACAAGACAGAGUGCCUGAACCUGUAUAACAGCACCCGCUGGAAGAACGUCAAGAUCAACUUUGACAAUGUUGGGGCCGGGUACCUAGCUCUGCUGCAAGUGGCAACAUUUAAAGGUUGGAUGGACAUCAUGUACGCAGCUGUGGACUCCAGAGGUUUGGAGGACCAGCCUGACUAUGAAGUGAACCUCUACAUGUACCUCUACUUCGUCAUCUUCAUCAUCUUUGGGUCCUUCUUUACCCUCAACCUCUUUAUCGGUGUCAUCAUCGACAACUUCAACCAGCAGAAGAAAAAGUUUGGAGGUCAAGACAUCUUCAUGACAGAAGAACAGAAGAAAUACUACAAUGCCAUGAAGAAGCUGGGUUCCAAGAAACCACAGAAGCCUAUUCCUCGGCCAACGAAUGCUUUCCAAGGCUUUGUGUUUGACUGCAUCACAAAGCAGGCAUUUGACAUCAUAAUUAUGAUCCUCAUCUGCCUUAACAUGGUGACUAUGAUGGUGGAGACGGAUGACCAGACGGAAGACAUGGACAGGAUCCUUUACUGGAUCAACCUGGUCUUCAUUGUGCUCUUCACCGGGGAGUGCGCACUCAAGAUGAUUUCUUUGCGUCACUAUUACUUCACUAUUGGUUGGAACAUCUUUGACUUUGUGGUGGUGAUCCUUUCGAUUGUAGGUAUGUUUUUGUCUGAGGUUAUCGAGAAGUACUUUGUGUCUCCAACGCUGUUCCGUGUGAUUCGGCUUGCCCGUAUAGGCCGCAUCCUGCGACUCAUCAAAGGUGCCAAAGGCAUUCGGACGCUUCUCUUUGCCUUGAUGAUGUCGCUCCCUGCCCUGUUCAACAUAGGCCUCCUGCUCUUCCUGGUUAUGUUCAUCUACGCCAUCUUCGCCAUGUCCAACUUUGCUUACGUCAAAAGGGAGUCCGGGAUCGACGACAUGUUUAACUUCGAGACUUUCGGUAACAGCAUGAUCUGCUUAUUUCAGAUCACGACCUCGGCCGGGUGGGACGGACUGUUGGCGCCCAUCCUGAACAAGAGGGAGCCUGACUGUGACAGUCAAAUGGAGCACCCGGGGAACUCUUACAAGGGCAACUGUGGCAACCCAUCGGUGGGCAUCUUCUUCUUCGUCAGCUACAUCAUCAUCUGCUUUCUCAUUGUGGUCAACAUGUACAUCGCUGUCAUCCUGGAGAACUUCAGCGUGGCCACAGAGGAGAGCGCCGAGCCACUGAGUGAGGACGACUUUGAGAUGUUCUACGAAGUGUGGGAGCGCUUUGAUCCAGAUGCCACACAGUUCGUGGAGUACAGCAAGCUCUCAGAUUUUGCGGAUGCUCUGGAUCCACCGUUGCGCAUGCCCAAGCCCAACAUGACCCAACUUAUAACCAUGGACUUGCCAAUGGUGAGCGGCGAACGUAUCCACUGCCUCGACAUACUAUUUGCUUUCACCAAGCGGGUGCUGGGCGAAGGCGGUGAGAUGGACAUGUUGCGCGGGCAGAUGGAGGAGCGCUUCAUGGCGUCCAACCCCUCCAAGGUGUCCUACGAGCCCAUCACCACCACCCUGCGCCGCAAGCAGGAGGAAACGUCGGCCAUUAUUAUCCAGCGGGCCUUCCGCCUCUACAUGAUCCGCCAGGCCAUGAAGAAGGCCUCCGCCCUCUACAAGGAGCAGCUGAAGGAGGGCGUCCGUGACCCGGACAAAGACGUGAUGGUCAUCGGCAAGUUCAAUGAGAACUCAACGUCAGACAAAACGGACAUGACCCCGUCCACCGCUUCCCCGCCCUCCUACAACAGUGUAACCAAGUCGGACAAGGACAAAUAUGAAAAAGAAACCAGAGAAAAGGAAAACAAAGGGAAAGACUUGAAAGACAGGAAGAAAUAGACUUCUAAAUAAAACAACGGAACAAUAAAAUAUAAUGCAUUCGAUACACGAGGGACAGUUGUUUACAGCUUCUAGAGGAUGUAGAUAGACGUGUGCUUGUCUGUUGAUUGUGCAGAGAUGGCAAAGGCCUAAAAAGGGAGUGAAUUUGCGAUAAAUAUACAAAUGUGUGGGUUUCUGCCCAGAAGGGGAAACAGAAGCAAGAUAUCCAGCUGACACUGCCAGAGGUUGAGUGAAACGUAGAACAGUCUCUCUUCAAAACGCUUGUGGUUUUUCUUUUGGCUGUUGUUACUAUCUGACACACUUGAGUGUACUGUUAAUUUGUCUGUAGCUAGUGCUGCUGCUACCACUAUAAAUCCAGUGUCUUGAAUUUAAAUAAUUGCUGUAUGACUUAACAGGUUUUAUGUAUACUUUCUGAUUUUUUGGGGAUAUUUUUUACGGAAAAAAUGAAUGUUUUGUUUAUUUUGUUUUUUGUUUUGUUUUUACUUUGGCGCAUCAUUUUUGGAGAAUGUGUCCACCGCUUUCAAUGUCGUAUCAAUCACCAAGGGCAGAAAAAAAGUUGAUGCUGGAAAUUACAACCGCCUGAAACUCGGAGGGAACCGCGCAGGAACCAGAACCAGAACCCUCGUGAUUUGUACAGCACACAAAGCUGAAACAAGAAGUGCAAUGAACAUAUAUUGUGUUUUCACUGGUGUCUCGAUCGGUGAUUGUUAAAAUUUAUAUCAUGCUUCUAUCUGGGCUGCCGUGUUCCUGAUUCAGUAAAAAAAAUAAUAAAUCAAAUCCGUCUCUGAAUGCCAA